GUCUUAAAAACAUAACAGCUUAGUCAAAUGUUUCUGUUUGGAGAUAAAUCAGAAUCCAUGUCUUUUAUUCCUUUGUUUUUUUUAGCUUUUUUAUUACAAUUUUGUUCAAGUCUCAGCCUUUUUCAUCAUCAUCCUUUAGAUCCCCUUACCCCAACUGAAUUAAACCAGAUAAAGCUCAUAGUUGAUAAAUCGAGUACCGGUUCGCUUCCUAAUCUUACGUAUCACUUCGUCGAUCUCGAAGAACCGGAGAAAAUCGAUGUUCUUAGCUGGUUAUCUUCGAAGAAAACAAACAAAAACGCUCAGUUUCGACGAGCUAAGGUGGUGGUUCGAGCUGGAGGGGAGACACGGGAACUCGUUGUUGAUUUAGCCAGUGGAUCGAUCGAAUCGAACCGUGUUUAUACCGGUCAUGGUUACCCUCCGUUUACUUUUAAUGAGUUUGUUAAGGCUAGUAGACUGCCUUUUCAAUACCCAAAAUUCAUGAAAUCAAUUGUGAAUAGGGGUUUAAACAUGUCCGAAGUUUCUUGUGUGCCACUCACCGUGGGUUGGUACGGCGAAAAGGUGACAAAACGAACUCUUCGGAUAACAUGUUACUAUCGAGGAGGCUCGGUUAAUGUCUACGCAAGGCCGAUCGAAGGGAUUAGUUUAUUCAUCGAUGUUGAUUCAAUGCGUAUCACGAACUACAUCGAUCGAUUCAGAGUUCCUGUACCUAAAGCCGAGGGAACCGAUUUCCGGUCGAACAAAAAGAUUGAUCCGGUCACAUGUAAUAACGCGACGGAAAAAGGGUUCGAAAUUGAAGGAAACAACGUGAAAUGGGGUAACUGGAAAUUCCACGUGGGAUUCAAUGCUCGAGCCGGGACCGUGAUAUCGACAGCUUCGAUUUUCGAUGCGAGAAUGAAGAAGUACCGUCAGGUUUUAUACAGGGGUCAUGUGUCCGAAACCUUCGUGCCGUAUAUGGACCCCGAAAGCGAAUGGUAUUUCAGGACUUUCAUGGAUAUCGGAGAGUUCGGGUUUGGGCGAUCCGCAAGCACUCUGCAGCCAUUGAUCGAUUGUCCGGCGAAUGCCGAGUAUAUGGACGGGUACGUGGCAGGGGCAGACGGACAGGCUAUGAAAAUGGAAAAGGUUAUUUGCAUAUUUCAAAGGGAUGCAGGUGAUAUCGCGUGGAGACAUGCUGAAAUCAAUAACCCUGGAACUGUGAUAAGGAGUGGGCAACCAGAAAAAACAUUGGUUGUCAGAAUGAUAGCUACCGUGGGAAAUUACGACUACGUUCUUGACUGGGAAUUCAAGCAAUUUGGCACCAUUAAAAUUGGGGUGGAUUUGACGGGGAUUUUAUUGCUGAAAGGCAGUCCUUACACAAAUAAGAAGCAAAUAACGGCGGACGUUUACGGAACGUUAGUAGCCGACAACACCGUAGCCGUUAACCACGACCAUUACCUCACAUAUUACCUUGAUAUCGACGUUGACGGUAACAGCAACUCCUUCGUCAGAGCCAAACCAAAAACAACAAGAGUAACGGACGUUAACGCCUCUCCAAGAAAAAGCUAUUGGAGGGUCGUUACGGAAACCGCUAAAACGGAAGCGGAUGCUCGGUUACGGCUUGGCUUAGAGCCAGCUGAGUUGUUGAUUGCGAACCCAAAUAAGAAAACAAAGGUCGGAAAUCAAGUGGCUUACCGACUAAUACCGGGGCAGCCGAUAACUUCUCUGUUAGCCGACGAUGAUUAUCCUGAAAUUAGGACCGCUUACACCAAAUACCAAGUUUGGGUGACUGCAUACAAUAAGUCAGAGAGAUGGGCUGGUGGGUUUUAUGCUGAUAGAAGCCGUGGAGAUGAUGGCUUAGCCGUAUGGAGCCAGAGGAAUAGAAAGAUAGAAAACAAAGAUAUAGUUUUAUGGUACACCUUAGGCGUCCAUCACAUUCCACAUCAAGAAGAUUUUCCGGUGAUGCCGACCGUUCAUAGCGAGUUUCAGCUUCGGCCGGCUGAUUUUUUCGAAUCCAAUCCUUUGCUGCUUUAAUACGAUGUUGCCAUGUAACAUUAAUAACAAAAAAAAAAAAAAAACACUUUAAUGACUGUAAAAAAAAUGUUUACUUGAAGAUUGAAAAGGAAAUUGC